AUGAAAGCAGAUGCAAUUCAAGAAGCUAGAAAUUAUUAUUGGAAAGAACAUGAAGAAAAGAAACAUAGUUACAGACAAGAUUGUAUAUUUUGCGAACCACUACCAGAAAAUAUAUCGGAAGAAUAUACAAGAUUUUGGGAUUGGAUUGUUACUACUUACACAGCUAUAACAUCAACAAGAAGUACAAUAAGACAUUUUGAAAUAUUAAUGGAUAAAAUCAAGAAGAAAGAAGGAAGAAAAUCUAUAAGACAAAGUAUUGAAAAUUUGUUAAAUACACUUAGAUACGAAAUACAACCGAGAGCAGAAAAUAUAAACAGUAUAAUAGAUAAUUUUAUUGAAACAUUUGAGAAGAGAAAUUAUUUCGUAAUUAAGGAAAACAAGGAAAAACAAGUGGUAAAUGAAUCAACGUUUGCAACAGUUCUUAGUAAUGCAGGAUUAGGACCGAUAUUAGAAAAACCAACGGAAUUUUAUGGGAAAACAGAAGAAGAUCCAAUUGAUUGGUUACGAAAUUUUAAUAAGGUUGCAGAAGUAAAUAAUUGGUCACCACGUAGGAAAUUACAAGUAGUCAAAUUAUAUUUGAAAGGAUCAGCAAAUGACUGGUAUGGAGAUAUUCAACAACCAACACUAUGGGACGAAGAGGAAGAACAUGAAGUAGGAGAUAUCGCUUUUACAACAUUAUUUGAAGGAAGAUAUGUUACAGAUGAAAGAAAGAAUGCAUGGUUUACGGAAUUAUCAAAGUUGAAACAAGGAAAAGAUUCAGUACCACAGUAUAUUACGAAGUUUAAAAGAAUAAUUAAGAAAUUAGAUAUUGGAGAUGAUAAUAUAUUACUUGGAGGAAUGAUUAAACAAACCUUCAUUAAUAAUUUAAGGAAAAAUAUUGCAAGAAGAGUAAUAGAAGAAGAACCUGAAGAUGUAGAAACAGCAAUAAUAAUAGCUCGAAGAAUGUAUAAAGGAGAAAGAUUUAUGGAUGAAGAUAAACCAAAAACAAAAGAAAACAAGGAUGUAGAUGAAUUAACUGCACAAAUGGGACGAAUGAGAAUCGAUAUGAUUGAACAACAGAAUCAAAUAAAUAUAUUGGAACAAAGAGAACAAGACCAAUUAAAUAUGUUAGAAAGGGAUAAUAGAUUUAAUAGAACUAACAACAACAACGAAAGAACUUAUAAUGAUAGACCAAAUAAUUAUCAACCAAACUAUGAUAGACCAUAUUAUAACAGGACAUAUAAUAACAGACAGUAUAGUAAUAGUUGGAAUAAUCAGAUAACAUGUUUUAAAUGUAAUAGGACAGGACAUAUUGCUAGAGAUUGUAGGAUAAAUAUAGAAAGAAGAUGUGAAAGAUGCGGAAGAACAGGACAUACUAAAAAUUAUUGUAAUAGAAAAACUUAUAAUAAUGUAAAGAAGAAUAAUCAUUCAUUUAUGCCAAGACAAACACUUACACCAAUGGAAAUUGAUAGAGAAGAAAUUAGAGUAAAGAAAACUAAAGGAAAAUCAGAAAUAGAUAAAACAGUAGAUUAUAAUAUUUUGAAUGAUCUUAAGAAUUCAAAAGCAAAUAUUACAUUCGCACAAUUAUUUAAAAUGAGUAAUGUGAUAAGUCAAGAUUUAAAGAAAGCGAUGAAAAGACCACAAUUACAAGAAUUAAAGAAUAUUGAGAAAGUGAAUAAGAAAUUUAAAAAGAAAUUUAUAGAUAAUGAAAUUCUAAAUUUAGAAGAAAUACAUGAAUUAAAUAAGGAAUAUAAAAUGCAUGAAAGAAAGUUAAUAGAAGGAAUAUCAGAAAGUACAACAACUAUACCGCUCACCGGAAUUAUUAAAAUAAAUAAUCAGAAAGUAAAUGCAAUUAUUGACACAGGAGCUUCAACUAAUAUAAUAACUAGAGAAUUAUUAGAAGAAUUAGAUGUUGAAAUACAAAAACCCAAAGUAAUAGAAUCCAAGGAUAAGAAAUUAUUAAUAGGAAUGAGAUGGUUAAAAUUACUACAAGCAGAAAUUAACGUAGGGACACAAAUAAUGAAAAUUAACAAUAACGGAAAGGAAAUAGAAAUGAAAGUGAUUUAUGAAAAAGAAGAAUGUCCAUCAAUGUAUAUGAUUUAUGUAUUAGAAGAAGAAAUUGAAAAGGAAAAUGUAUUAAAUUUAACACAACAACAACAGGAAGAAUUAGAUAAAAUAAUAAGAAAAUAUAAAGAUAUCAUUUCAAUAACAGAUACACAAUUAGGGAAAACAGGAAUAAUUAAACAUGAAAUACACGUAGAGACUGAUGAACCGAUACGAAAAAGAAUUGAAUACUUAAUUGAAAAUUUACCAAAAGAAAGAAAUGAAGCUAAAAAGAAUAAUAAGAAAGCACAAGAAAAACAGAAAGAAUAUCAUGACAAAAAGAUAAAGAAAACACAAUAUUUUAAAAUAGGAGAUAAAGUAUUAUAUUACAACGCAGCAAAAGAAAAACAAUGGUCAGGAAAAUUAGCAAACAAAUGGAAAGGACCUUAUUACAUUCAUGAAGUAUUAUUAAAAGGAUCUUAUCGAUUGAAAGAAAUAGAAGGACAAAUACUUAAAACACCAGUAAACGGAAUAUAUCUAAAGAGAUAUAAGGAUAGACAAAAUUACGUACCUUAUGUA